UCUUAUUUUUACCAGAAGAAAAAAAGUUGUAAGACCUUUAUUUAUGUCGGCCGACAGCUCUGGUGGAUCCAUCCUCCAUUAGGCGCAAGAUCAGGUCUCGUCUAGAAUCUUCUAAUAUUUCUCGAGAAAUCGUAGGAAUGGCAGUGCAGGAAAUUGAGAGGUUCGAAGAAAUGGCGAACAGAAUGCUGUGGGGAAGCAGGAGAAGUUGGAACAAAGAAAUCAGAGCGACAAUAGACAAAUUUAAAGGUGCGAUGCAGUCCCAUCUCUCAAAAUCUGGAAGCAGUGGGAAUUUCGUGGAGGAAGUAAAACUAGAAAUUCAAUCUUUUGCGGAAAGAGUGAAGAAGAUGGAGGAUGAGCUUGUUGAUGAACUGUACCAAGAUGAUGAUGAUGAUGAUGAUGUUUCAUCGCCGAUUGGCUCGGAGAUGGUGGGACUAUCAGAUCAGUACGACGAAAUCAAACGUAAGAUUAUAAACGCCGGCGCUGAUCUAAAGGUUUUCUCGAUCGUGGGGAUGGGAGGCAUCGGAAAGACUGCUCUUGCCAGAAGAGUUUACGAAGAUCGAGAUGUUGAGAAACAAUUCGAUCUUCGUGUAUGGGUGACAGUUGGUAGAAAAUGUCGGCCUAAUCAAAUUUUACACCGCAUUGUAGCUGAGUUGUAUUCCGAUCAAGUAGGAAAUGAUCAUGAUGAGGUUGUACGGAUGCUGAGAGAGAUUUUGAAGGGAAAAAAGUAUAUAAUUGUAUUGGAUGAUGUGUGGGGGAGCAAAUAUGUGGAGUAUCACUUGCAAAUAUCGUAUAAAUAUAUAAAAAAUGAGAUGAAAAACCCUUUUCCCGACCAAGGAAAUGGAAGUAGAGUUCUGCUCACCACUAGGCUGCAUCAGGUGAAUGAAAUAAAUCAUCGAUUUAUCGAUGAUUUAUCGGUGCGGUUGUUGAAUAAACGAGAGAGUUGGGAUCUUCUUCGUGAGAAGGUGUUUGGUGAAGAGCCUUGCCCUUUUAAACUAGAGAAAUUUGGGAAGAAGAUUGCUGAGAAAUGUGACGGUCUUCCUCUUACAAUCGUGACGAUUGCUAAGCUCUUGUCUGAAGUAGACAAGACUUUGGAAUGUUGGAAAGAGAUUGCAGCACAUAAAAGGCAUCAAAUUUUCGUGGAGGCGUAUGAACGAGUAUCAAAGGUACUUUUACCAAGCUACAAACACCUGCCUCGCAUAUUGCAAAUGUGCUUUCUUUAUAUGGGAGUUUUUCCAAUAAAAUAUGAAAUAUCAGUGUCUAAGCUCACUAAUAUGUGGAAAACUGAUGGAUUUCUUGAAUUAAAAGCGCGUGAAGUUCCGUACCCUAGUGAACUGGAAUAUUUGGAUGAGCUGGUUUUGAAUAAUCUCAUGAUCAUCCACAGCACAACCAGAGAUGAAUCACUAUUUGGUGGGAAACAAUAUAUGAAAACUUGUGGCCUCCAUUCUUCGUCAUGGUAUCUCUGUAAUAAAGAAGGUCGGAAGGCUAAGUUUUUCCAUGUCUUAAAUAGUUUUCAUGAUUGUUCUGGACAGGGUAUUGAAGGCCAACAGAGGCUAUCCUUCCAUAACAAUGUUUUACUUGGCAUAAAACAAGUGCAUGAAUCUGUGGAGGAAAAUUGUUCAUCAACUGCACAUUCUUUGCUAUGUUAUGGUCCAUAUCAAAAGUAUCCAGUGCCAAUAUGUUUUAGUUUGAGGUUGCUCAAGAAACUUGAUGCUCUUACAAUCCGUUUCUACGAUUUCCCAAUGGAAAUCAUGCAACUAGAUCAGUUGUUGUACCUCACCCUCACUUUGGACGGAGAGAUUCCUGGUUCCAUUUCCCAGCUCUUAAAUCUCCAAUUCUUGAUUGUUGGUCAGCAUUUGAGCCUCAAGCCGCGUAGUGGUUCAUCACAUCUGCCCGUAGAGAUAUGGGACAUGAAAGAAUUGCAGCAUCUUCAAGUUAUGGGAAGGGACUUGCCAAAUCCUUGUAGGACUUAUUUGGAGAAGUUGUCGACGCUUUUAGGUGUAGGCGCUCUAAGUUGUGCAGUGGGCAUUCUUGAAACGAUUCCUCGGUUAACUAAGCUAAGUAUUCAAAUAGAAUUGGUUCCUGACGAGGAUGGUGAUCCUUUAAGCAGCCUUGGUCAUGUUUCUUGUCUCAGGGAGCUGAAAUCAUUAAAAUAUGUGGCUGUGAAUCCUGACAUGGUAGUGCCCCUGCAUUCUGAACUCCCGGCGUUUCCAAGAAAUAUACGGAAGUUGAGUUUGGGCGGGUUGGGCUAUCCUUGGAGAGAAAUGAGUAUCAUUGGUUCGUUGCCAUUUCUUUACAUGCUCAAAUUGCGAAGCUAUGCCUUUCAAGGUCCGGUGUGGGAAGUAGAGGAGAAGAGAUUUAUUUCACUUGUAACACUUGUGAUUGAGGAUACCGAUUUGGUGGAGUGGAGAUUUGGAGAUGGAAGUUUCAUAUCGCUUGGGCAGCUAAGCAUAAAGCACUGCUACAAUUUGGAAAGGAUUGAAGGGGAACUUCAAGUGUAUCUUGAAAAUAUUGAGGUGAUUGAAUGUGGGCCUUUAGCUGAGAAUUGUGUUGAGCAGAUAAGAAAGGAUAGAAUGGGGAAAAGAGAUAUUCUCCCAGAGCCUGAUGUGGAUCUUGUUUCUACAUGGCUCCAGGGGUACCCUAGGCCAUGAUUCUCUUUCAAGUUCUAGUUUAAGAUGAUUAAUUGAUUUUGUCUACAAUGUUUUUGCAUAUAUAUAAACAAACUGUUGAUGCAAAUUGUUUUAUGUAAUCUCCUGAAUGAAAAAUAUGGUUUUGGCA